UCUCUAGAAAGCCGCCGAUUUUUUUCUCAACCAGACUCCGGCAUCUUCCCGUUAACCGGCGACCGUCCGGCAGCUGUCAAUUUCAUCGCUUUCCUAACGGGCAGCUGUCAAUUUCAUCGCUUUCCUCACGGGCAGCUUCAUCGAACAACCAGGUUAGUAUUCUUUGUUGGGAAAAGUAACUGAAGUGAUGAAGUGGCCUAAAGAAAUCACUCCUUCCUUUGUUGGGAAAUUGAUUCGAGCAGAGAAAGAUUUGAAAAAGGCAAUUCUUGUAUUCGACUCUGCAACAGGUGAGUAUAGUAAUGGAUUCAGACACGAUCACACCACGUUUGGGAUCAUGAUCUCUAGGUUUGUAUCUGCUAAUCAGUUCAAAGCGGCUGAGGAUUUAUUGAAGAGGAUGAAGGAUGAAAAAUGUAUGAUUACAGAUGAUUUAUUUCUUUCAAUUUGUAGAGGGUAUGGAAGGAUUCACAAACCCCUUGAGGCAAUAAGAAUUUUUCAGAAGAUGAAGGAAUUCGAUUGCGAACCAACAGAGAAAUCUUACACUACUGUUCUCUCCAUUCUUGUUGAUGAAAACCAGACAAAGAUGGCUCUAAGGUUUUACAAGUAUAUGAAACAAACCGGUAUUAAAACAAACAUUGUUUCUCUCAAUGUCCUGAUUAAGGCUCUUUGUAAGGAUCGUGGAACAAUGGAAGCUGCUCUUCAAGUUUUCAAUGAGAUGCCCAUUCGCGGAUUCAAUCCAGAUUCUUAUACUUACGGCACAUUAAUCAACGCCUUAUGUAAAUAUGGGAAUGUAAUCGAAGCAAAGAAACUCUUCAAGGAAAUGGAUUCGAAAGGAUGUUCACCUUCUGUUGUUACAUACACUUCUUUAAUUAAUGGUUUAUCACAAUCUGAUAAUCCAAAUGAGUCAAUUGAAUUGCUUGAAGAAAUGAAAAGCAAAGGUAUCGAGCCAAACGUAUUCACUUACAGCGCUUUCAUGGAUGGACUUUGCAAGAACGGAAGAACUUCGCACGCCCUGAAGGUGUUCGAAGAAAUGCGGAGUAAAAACAUUAAGCCAAACAUGGUAACAUACAGUACUUUACUUAAUGGACUCUGUAAAGAAGGAAAACUUCAGGAAGCAGUUGAGAUUCUGGAUAGAAUGAAACUUCAAGGAGUUAAGCCAGAUGCAGGAAUUUAUUCGAAAAUCAUUAAUAGCUUUACAAAUGUUAAUAAGUUCCAAGAAGCUGCAAAUUUCCUAGACGAGAUGAUUCUAGAUGGAAUCACCCCAAAUCGGGUAACUUGGAAUCUUAAUGUUAAGAUUCACAAUACAGUACUGCAAGGACUCUUGGCUGAUGGAGAUUUAGAUCGAGCAUCUCGAUUGUAUCUAAAUUUGCGAACUAGAGGUAUUUCUGUGGAGGGAAAAAGUUUUGAUUCUCUCGUUAGUAGUUUGUGUAAGAAAGGAGACCUGCAUAAAGCAAUGUCCAUUAUCGACGAAAUGGUUGUCGAUGGAUGUGUUCCUAACGAACUGACAUGGAAGGCUGUAGUUGAAGUAAUCUCGGAUACUAGCAAGUUGCAGGAAAUUUCAGAGUAUGUAAACUGAGUUUAUGAUAUUAGACCAGGGUUUUACUUGUUGAUUUAAGUGGGAAUUGAUAAUGUAACUGAGUUUAUGAUAUGAGACUAGGGUUAUACUUCAAUCAAGCUGAUUUGUAACUGAGUUUAUGAUAUGAGACCAGGGUUUUCGUUCGAUCAAGAUGACUUCAGUGGGAAUUGAUCAGGGUUUUACUUCAAGUUCAAUCAAGCUUAUUUACGUGUGAAUCGAACUUGUAACUGAGUUUAUGAUACGAGACUAGGGUUUUAAUUCAAUCAAGCCUGCAACUGAGUUUAUGAUUUCUUACAUAUGAUCUUCACCAUUGCUAAACAGAUUUGAAUGUUCAAUGAACUGAAAUUUUGACAUUGUU